GCGCGCGGACGUGAGUGCGCAGAGCCGGAAGCGUCGCUGCGCAGAGCGGGUGGCCGUGGGUCAUGGAGGCUCGGUCUGCCGGUCUGCAGCGCGAGGGGCCGGCGGAAGAGGCCGAGGCGCAGGGCGCCGCUUGGAGCGGGGACAGCGGUACGGUGUCCCAGAGCCACAGCAGCGCCUCGGGGCCGUGGGAGGACGAGGGCGCGGAGGACGGCUCGCCGGGCCGGGACCUGCCGCUGCUGCGCCGCGCCGCCGCGGGCUACGCCGCCUGCCUGCUGCCCGGGGCCGGGGCGCGGCCCGAGGUCGAGGCCCUGGACGCCAGCCUCGAAGACCUGCUCACCAGAGUGGACGAGUUCGUGGGCAUGCUGGACAUGAUUCGCGGCGACUCGUCGCACGUCGUCAGUGAGGGGGUGCCUCGCAUUUACGCGAAGGCCGCCGAGAUGAGGCGAAUCUACGGCAGGAUCGACAAGCUGGAGGCCUUCGUGAGGAUGAUCGGCAACAGCGUGGCCAGGAUGGAGGAGCAAGUGACCAAAGCCGAAGCCGACCUGGGGGCUUUCCCCAGGGCCUUCAAAAAACUCCUGCACACAAUGAACGUGCCCUCCCUCUUUAACAAGUCGUCCCCCUCGAGGCUGCAGCAAACGGGCUACGAACCCCCCACCUUGUUUCGGACGGAAGACUACUUCCCUUGUUGCAGUGAAAGACCUCAGCUAUGAGUGGUCUCACCACUCCUGCAAGAGGACCCCAGCUGAGAUUCUUAUCUCGAGCAUUAAGUUAAUUAAAAUCCUAUUAAUAGGCAUGUAUGAUGUUGGAGUACGAAAUAUUUAGUUUCCUUUCUGCAAACUCUACUUCUCAAUAUAUUCAUUAUUCCCUAUAGAAUGUAUAGAUUUUCUAUGUCUUCCAAUUUUUUUUUUUAAUAGAGCCAGAGUCUCGCUGUGUUG